CUAGAUUAAUAAAAGCGGGAAUUCUCGACUGAAUGAAGACACCUGAGACGCCCACAUUCCUUCGGGACCGCGACAAGCGGGAAAACCUAAGUGCCAAGCUUAGAACAAAGUCGGGUCGGGCUGGGAUGUUCUACCUAUCUGAUCCUGCAGACGGGUCAGCUCCAACCAAGAUAGCGAUACUUUUUGCAGAAGCGAGACGAGUCAGGAACUCUUGAGAUGACACCGCUGUCGGAAGAGGACUCACUUCGGUGAUAGCACU